CAUUCAUAAAAUUAUUAACACAUGUGGAUUGUGCAUAAUAAUAUCAAAAUAUUUCGCGGAAGGAAAUCUUCCGUGUUGACUUAAUUCUGAAUAAUAUUAUUGAAGUUUUGUUUUAUUUUAUAAUGAAGACGAUCAAUAUCAUUUUAUUAUUCAUAAUUUAAUUAGAGCCGUUAUUAUUUAUUUACACGUUGUUUUUUGAAGUGGCGACUGCUCUCCGGACAUUAUUUUUAACUGAUAUAAUUUUAAAGGCACUUUAAAUACGAAAAGAAUUAUUAAAAAAGCGGUUUGUUAACACACUCAUUAAUGCAGUAAAUGUAUGAAUAAUUAAACAAUCUCACUUAUUAAUGUAGAAGUGAUUUUCUUCUGAAUUGGAAAGAUAUGUGGCAUAUCAUAAAAAAGACAAUUGUGGUAAUCUGACAUCUUAGAACAACAAUAGACUAGAAAGGAAAGAAAUGAAUAUAAAAUAGCCUCAGAAUGAUUGCAACUGCAAACCUACUCCAUCAACUAGGGUGUGUUUUAAAGAAGGAAUUCCAGAACCAGAAUAAGCCUAAAUAUUACUUAAAAUGAAAAAAAUAGUUCUUCCAAGCCUUGCUCUAUGGGAUGACAUUUAGUUCAUCGAACCAUAACAAAAUGGCUUCAUCUGGCAGUUCUGUCAGUGAGGUAUCGGUGAAAGGGAGCCGACUCUCCAACCAGAAACGACUCUCCAUGUGGAACUGCCACAGAUACUGUAUCAGUGCUUUUCGACUGCCUCGCUUCAAGAAUCUUGAAGUAGAAAUCUUGUAUCAGCGAUACUUCCUCCACCUCAACCAAAGAAACUUGACUGCUCUUUUAGGAAUCGUGUGUGCAAUUGGCUGCAUCAUGCUGAUAUUUAACUAUAUUUUAAGUGACCAUCGAUCUCUCACCCACGGGAUAACAUUUGGAGUUAUAGUGACAUUAAAUCUGAUAAUGGCCAUUUUAAGUACUCAGUCAUUUUUUAACCAAAUUUACUUAUUCACAUUCUCAUACACGGUUAUGCUUUCGUUUUUCAUCACCAUCAUAUUAGUCGUCAUUGACUCUCCGGUUCCCAGUGCCAUGUCAAGUAUUUGGUGUACUGUACUUUUUGUUUAUUUUGGUUACACCUUACUCCCUGUCCGUAUGCCUGAAUGUUUGUUGAGUGGAAUCAUGUUGUCUAUGGUGCAACUUAUAUCAUAUACAAUGGUAAAUGAUACAGACCCAUUUAUAUGGAAGCAGUUAAUAGCAAGUUUAAUACUGUUUGUGGCUGUCAAUGUAGCAGGUAUAUUUUCGCAUUUUCCAAGCAAAUCUUCCCAAAGAGAAGCUUUUAUGGAAACAAGACAAUGUGUCGAGGCUCGGCUGAACAUUCAAAGAGAAAAUCAGCAACAGGAGCGACUACUGUUAUCUGUGUUGCCACGUCAUGUUGCUAUGGAAAUGAAAGCUGAUAUAGCCAAGAAACCUGAAGACACCAUGUUCCAUAAAAUAUACAUUCAGAGACAUGAAAAUGUUAGUAUUUUGUUUGCUGAUAUUUGUGGCUUUACUAGUCUUUCAUCUCAAUGUACAGCAGAGGAAGUUGUAAAAAUAUUAAAUGAGCUUUUUGCACGGUUUGACAAACUUGCUUCAGAGAAUCAUUGCUUGAGAAUCAAACUUCUGGGAGACUGUUACUACUGCGUAAGUGGGCUUCCGGAACCUCGUCCUGACCAUGCUCAAUGCUGUGUGGAAAUGGGCCUCGACAUGAUUGAAGCUAUAGCAUUAGUGCGUGAAGUGACUGGUGUUGAUGUAAAUAUGCGAGUAGGAAUUCAUACCGGUAGAGUCCACUGUGGUGUUUUGGGGUUAAGGAAAUGGCAGUUCGAUGUAUGGUCUAAUGAUGUCACGCUAGCUAACUAUAUGGAGGCUGGAGGAAUUCCAGGGCAUGUGCACAUCACAGGAGAAACACUGAAAUUUCUGAACAAUGACUAUGAAGUGGACCCUGGCUGUGGAGGGGAACGCCAUAAGUAUUUGAGGGAUCACAACAUCGAAACAUACCUAAUCAUCCCCGAUGAAAAGAAGCGUAUAAGCUCUGUUCGCCCUCCUCAAUACACAACACCUAAUAAUGUCUCCAAAGAAAUGCGGAUGAUGGGACAUUCUGACAUGCACAAAUUUGACAGCAGCUACAGACGUAGAGAAUAUAAAAAUCCUCAAGAAGAAGUGAAUGACUAUUUGUCCCGUGCCAUUGAUGCUCGCAGCAUUGACCGAUUGAGGGAUGAGCACUGUCGACCUUUUACCAACUCAUUUCAUAAGAAGGAUAUCGAAGAAAAAUAUAUGAAGGAGGGAGAUAAAAUGUUGUCAACAUAUUUCAUUUGUUCAGGAUUCAUGCAGCUUUUUAUUAUUAUAAUUCAACUAAUCAUUUUACCAAUACAUUGGUUGCAGUUGAUGUUUGAGUUUUGUUGCGGAAUCCUAUUACUUUUUAUUAUCAUCACCAUUGAAGCUCCCAAAAGUUCUGUGGCAAAGCAAAUCCUCCCUCUAUCUUGCCUGCAAGUAAUUGAGAAAGUCACGAAAAAUAGAUAUAAUAGCCAAAUUCUAGCCAUAGUUGUUGUUGUUAUCAUAUUUACAAGUACUUUUGUACCUUUAGCUGCUCUUGAUGCGACAGAAACUACUAAAUGCUGGUCAUCAUAUCUUAAUCUUACCAUGAAUUUUACCAUUCAUCCUGAUAUUUGCCAAAAUACAGUCUUAGAUGCAUUCCCAUAUAACAUAACUUUCUGCAUGAUGCUCGUGAUGUCUUCAUGCGGUGCCUUUCUCGUCCUAUCGACCGUUCAGAAACUUGUCACUUUAUUAUCCGCUUCAUUUGUCUUCUGCAUACUCGUCCUCCUCACUCAUGUCGAGCUUAUCGAUCUUUUCGACUUAGUGCACAGUCCUGAAGGUACUGGAGUACCAUCCAAAUACUGCCUCACCAUAAUGCUGUUGCUGUUUGUGGGUGCUCUUGUUGUUCAUGGUCAUCAAGCAGAAGCUACUUCACGCCUGGAUUUCUUGUGGAAACUUCAGGCUCUGGAAGAGAAGGAAGAUAUGGAACACCUACAAGCAUACAACCGAAAGCUUCUUGCCAACAUACUUCCGGCUCAUGUUGCUGAAUAUUUUUUAACUGGCGAUCGGAAAAAUGAGGAUUUGUAUCAUGAGCAGUGUGAAAGUGUGGCAGUCAUGUUUGCUUCCAUUCCUAACUUUAGUGAGUUUUAUAUGGAACUCGAAGCUAACAACGAAGGGGUCGAAUGUUUGAGGCUUUUGAAUGAAAUCAUUGCUGAUUUUGACGAAAUUUUAGAAGAAGAUCAGUUUACAUGCAUUGAAAAGAUAAAAACUACAGGUUACACAUACAUGGCAGCAUCUGGUCUUACUUCUAGUACUGUUGAUCUUACCAACUACAACCAUGUUACUAAAAUGGCUGAUUUUGCAUUGAGAUUAAAGGAUCAAUUGGAUUAUGUCAACAUGCACUCAUUCAAUAACUUCAAGAUUAGAGUGGGUUUGAAUGUGGGACCAGUUGUGGCUGGAGUGAUUGGUGCAAAGAAACCUCAAUAUGACAUUUGGGGAAAUGCUGUAAACGUUGCCAGCAGAAUGGACAGCACUGGAGAACUAGGAAAAAUUCAGGUCACCCAUGAUAUGUAUCUGAUUUUGAAGGAGCAUGGUUACCCCCUUGAAUGUCGUGGAUAUAUCAGUGUCAAAGGAAAGGGAGAGAUGCUGACCUAUUAUUUGACUGGAUAUGGAGUUAAUCAACAAAAAAACAAGCUUCCAACUAAAACUUCCAACAUCUGAGGUCUUCCCUGGCAUGUGAAAUAAAAUUUUAAAAAAUUCUAUUAAACUGCAUUUUAAUAAUGUACUCUCUGCAGUCGAAUUCCUCACAAAAAUCUUUUUUUUUUUUUUUUUUUGGUAUAAAAUGUUUUGAUUAGAAUUUUUUAUCCUUAUGGAGAGUUCAGCCAUACUUAUUAUUUACCAAAUAAAAGGAAAUGAGAAAACCACUAUGUAGAACUGCCAAAUUCAGUUCCAUUAUAAAUGUAUGAUCAGUACUCUGGAAAGAAAAGAAAAAUCUUAGUUUCAGCAAUAUUUUUUUAAGAUUUAAAUUUAGAAAAGUAUUAAAUAAUUAUUCUGAAAUCUAAGUUAAAAAAUCAUUUGAUUUAAAUCCUGAGCAGCAGUGUUUCCAUAUUAUUGCAUCAUUAUACUUUACAACUUUUAAAACAACUAUUUUAAGUAAGAUGGGGCUCAUUUCUAUAUACAUCUUUGGCAUUGAUUACCAAAAUGAUCCUAUUUUUUUGGCAGAAGACAUAACCAUAAAUCUUUUAUAUUAGCAUAAUUGUAUGGCAACUAUUACCAUAAUAAAUGGAUGUGGCAUUGAUUUGGAGUGAUUGUUCUGAGAUAUUCGACUGCAGCCUCACUUCGCCAAAGAAUUCCAUUUAGAAAGAAAUCAGGUUGUGAUAAUCUUAUUGCUGUGUCAAUUAUAGAACAUUCUAUCAUUUCUUAUUUUAAAAAAAAGACUGAAACUUAGUUAUGAGAUUUGUAAUUUAUUGAUGACCAUUAUUUUUAUAACUUAUUAUGUUUUAAAAUAAGCUUCUUUUUAAGUUUAAUUUUCCUGUAGCACAUUUUCUUUCUAUUUUUGUAUUUGUUUUUAGCUGUCAAUUUUUUCUAACUCUGUUUCAUACUUAUUUAUAUAUCUUGUUAUUAAAUGUUAGCAAGACUAUCAGGUGGUCUUUGGUUAAGAAUUCCACUUCUGCAAGGCCUGAUCAUUGAGUUUAGGGUGAGACUUUUCUAUAAAAUUUAUUUAUUUACAAAAAAUAUAUGAAUGGUGAAAUAUUGAUUGUGUUAGGGUUGUGAAUACGAUGAACUUGACUUAGUCUGUGCCUGACUUCCACUUCAGAUAAUUUAUUUAUAUAUUAAAUAACUUAUGUUUAGAAAAAAAAUGAAUUUAUUGUCUCAAGGUUAAAAAUAAGAUGAGUCAGAACCAGACUUUCAGAUAAAAUCAUUUAUUGCUCAGCUAGAUUAACUCAUAUUUAAUGAUUAAAUAAGACAAUUUGAAAUGCUACUCAAUUAAAGAAUUAUUGCUUGAGUUUGAAAGGCGAGCGUUAAAUAGAAUUAAGUUUUGUAAUUAGAGCACUCAAGCUGUAGCUUAUAUUUUUUUUAGACAAAAACAAAAAAUAGCUCUGAGGUAGGGUCUGCCCUUCAGAGAAUAUCAAUGAAUUUUUCACUAUAAUAGACUCUUAGUAAUAUGGAUUAAUCAGGACAAUCAACUACUUGGUUUACUGAGAACUCAUUUAAGCACCUUCAUUAAAGAUUACAUUUAAAUAAAUGCUUUAGAUGCUAUUUCAUGAUGCAGAUACAAAUACAUUUAAAAAAUUCUAAUGAACAUAGGUUCUGGCAAGUGCUCAGAUUUAAAGUUUUUGAGCUCAGAGCUCAAAAAUUUACUCAAACUCAUCUCUUGCUCCUUACAUACUCUUUACCUAGCCCACUCUUCACUCUAAAUCAGGCCUUUCAUUUUUGUUUGUUUAAAUUGCUAACUGAUUAUGUAUAAAUUGACAGAGUAUUUGAGAACGAACUUAGUAAAAAUCUAUCUAUGCUUCCGUAUCAGAUCUAUUUGCUGUUAUAGCAAUUUUUAACGAAAAAUAUUUCAUAGUUCUUGUGCAAAGCUUUUAGUGUUUGAAUGCAUUCAUUAAUACUAUUCUGAAAUGAAUUUGACUAGUCAUAAUAUCCAUUCAUUAUUCUUGUAUUCCCUUUUUAGCUGCUCCUUUAAUCAAAAAAUUGUGCUCUUUACAGAUUUUUUAUAAAAGCACGUGCUUUGCUUCUGUUUCGAGCACUGUUUUAAAAAUGUAUGUAUGUAUCAGUUCAAUAUCAAGUUAUAAAAGUUUACUCUCACAUAGGGAUGCCAAUGAUUUCAUAUUUUAUUAUUCAACUGUAUGAUAUAUUUAAUUUUAAAUUAUUUUUAGCACUUUUUUUCACAAGUUGAGAAAUUAUUGUUGAUGAAACUGUCAUCAUUUAAUCACUUCCAUUUCAAAUACUGCCGAAAUUAUAUUAUCAAGAUAGCAUUUUAUAUUAAAUGUGUUCAUGACAGCCUUAAAAUUACUGUGUCUUAAUUCCACUGAUUUAAAAAAAAAUUGAAUUUUCAGGGAUUAAUCACAUUUAUUUUCUUUGAUAAUCGAAGUUUUAAGCUUCAUUUUAAUGACUAAUUUUUAAAAAAAUAACUAUGUACAGCAGCAUUUUAAAUCAAAUGUCAUCUAGGUUUAUCUGUUUAAUAUCAUCUAAUGUUUAAAUCAAUGUCAAGGGAAUCAAAUUUUGGAAUUUUUAAUUUAAUGUUCUUAAUUUUUCUAAGGGAAUAAAAUAAAUUUUCCUAAAUAUGUCAUUGAAAGUUAAGUUUUAUUUCGAUGUUCUACAACCAGUUAAAAAAUAUUGUAUUAUUUGCUGAAUGUUUCUUAUUAAAUCAAAUUUCAGUAGAAUGUUCCUUAUUGAGUUUUAUUUAAGAGGAAUGUUCCACAUUUAGUCAAAAUUCAUAGAAUGUUAAUUGUGGUGUUUUAUUUCAAUGGAAUGUUCCUCUGUCCAAAGAAUAUAUGUCAAAAUUAAAUUAAACCUAUUUCAAUGAAACAAUAGAAUAUUUCAUUUUUGGUUGUGUUGUAAAAUUGGUAUCCCUAUUGAUUGUGCAUUUUCUAUUAAUUAUUUAAUUCUCUAUUUCUAAGUGUUGAUAGAUAAGUAGAAGUAGGUAAAUUUCAAAAGAUUAGAGAUCUCGAUGACAGUGAGUGUUCCAUUCUUGUAGUAUAUUAUUCCUGCAUUGUUUACAUAUGCCUGGAACAUAAUUGUUAUUUUUUUUAUUUGAUUCCUUUUGUAUUUCAUGAAACUUGUCCAUUUUCAACUACUGAUGCGAUAGUUUUUAUAUUUGGCCCUCUCAAUUAGUUUUCCAUUGUCUUCGAAAGAAUAUCUUCCAAUCUGUGCAUUUCUUUUCUGUUUAAGAAAAGUUGUGUGUAUAAAGUAAUUUCAGACUGAAAUGCCCCAAUACGAGCUUAUUCAUUGCUGGUCUAUGAAUAGAUUGAUGAAUUACAGGGUAUGUAUUUACCCAACUUUAGAUAAUUUAUACCAGAAUAUAUUUCAUAAACCAGGGCUUAUGGACAAUAUAGCAGUUUUUUGAAUACCUAUACAUACAUUUAACAAACAACAGCUGAAAGUUUUGAAUUAAACAGGGUUGUCUGAAAAUAACAGUAGCUAGACCUUGUUAUUAGAAAACUACUGGAUUAG